GGAGCUUGGUUGCCAGUUACCACAACGCUGCAGAGAUUGUCUUGUGGGCCUUGAAAUUCCUGAAAGACACCGACGUCGCGAGGGACACCAGCAGAAACUCUUCUUCUCGAUGAACUCGGCGAAAUCCCUCAAUCAUGAUAUCUUGACACUUGUCAUUGCGGCGUUGGAAAAUAAACGCGACGUUGUCAGGGUGAUGAAGGCUUGUCACGCUCUAGAAGAAGCUGGUCGGAGAAAGCUACUUAGUUUUCCAAUAACCAUCGACGCAGACAACCUGGAAACCAUCCAUAACUCCAUCAUCACGCAGACAAAAAACUACUGCGCUCAUUUGCGGCAUCUCGAUAUCAAGGAGUACAGUGUUUCUGAAGAGCAAAUUCGGAAAAUUGCAGAGAUACUGAGGCAUGCAAAAUACUUGGAGCACCUCAACGUCGGGAUCCAACAUACCUUCAUGGUCCCAGAGUUCGCUGAGUCCAUGUCGAAUCUCCAAAAUCUUCGAGAAUUACAACUACUGAAUCCGGAUGAACCAUUACUCGCCGCCGUGAAGUUAAUCAAAUCUCCUUUAGUUGAACUAGUUGUCGUGUCCGCACGCUCAGAACUUAGUCAUCGCACCGAGCUGUCUACGCUCAUUCGCAAUUUCACCUCGUCGCUCGAGGUUCUCCGGGUCAAACGCGUUACUUUACAUGACUUGGAUUUCCAAUGCCCUAGACUUCGCGUCCUUUACCUCACCGGUCUGCCUUCCGAGUUCAUAUCGGCUCAUAAGCUCGUGCAUGCCUUCCCAAACUUGGCUAUCCUUGGUUUAGAUGGUGACGGGCGAAUCCCGGAGACUGUCUCGCCCGACUAUCGCGAACGGAACGCAGCAGAGCCACCGUCCUCACCUUGGCCCAGAUUGGAACUGGCUGAGGGUCAAGUGGAAUACAUUUGGACGUUGGCACUGAAGUGCCCCAUCCGUUCCCUGGCUGUCACUUGGUACGGAGUGGGCAUGGAGUAUGAGAUGUUUGAGGAUUUGGACGUUACGCACACCCCCACCACCAUGCUUUUGCUGAUUUUCCCAGCUGAUGACGAUCAGUUAGAGUAUUUCGAGGAAUACUUCUCUAAGCCUCCUGCUUGGACUGAAACUCGAUUCGAGAUUCAGGCCUCUGCAUUCGAAGACUCCGAUGAGAUUGAAGACUUCAUGGAUCGCUUCUUGGAUAUGAUAAAAGAGUUGCACCUUCAAUACAUUGAAGUCGACUUUGAUUACGGGGAGGACGCCCUAGAGGAUGUCCAAGACUGGUUUGACGUUCAGUUUCGGCCAAAAGAUUUCGUCAGGAAGCUCUCUCAAGCAAUUCCAUGUCUACAGAAGGCCCACGUAGAUUUUGGAGGAUUUGCAGGAACUGUAUGGAAGAUCAUGGAGUCGAAAUCAGGACGCAAGACCAAACUCUUGAACUCGUUGCCACAAAGUGACCGGCCCAAAACCUUCACAACCGACAGGCGUAUUUGAACUUAGCGGCCGCUCUGUUGAAUACCAUUGGUCAGGGAAAUACCCCCUCGUCUUAUUGCCGAGGACAAAAUUACCCGCAGCGCGGUAUUUAUGCAUGAUUGUGUACCUUUUUUUAGAAUGCGCUAUCGACUAUAUCUUACUGGAAGGGAUGGAUGGAUACAGAAGCAACAAGCGAGCAUGUCACACAUUCUCAAAGAUAUCAUAUGAAUUGCUGAGCUUGUAUACUCCGCCUAGUUUAGUGGUUCACGAGGAUUCUUCACCCAAGCGGCACCAUAGUCCUCUCUGCCCUCGAUAGGGAACUCCAAAGCUUCAAUAGUCGAAGGAACGAUUCGCCC